GAGCAGCGCCUGACGGGCCGGGAGAGCGAGCAGGGCCGCCGCCGCCGCCAUGCACGUCGUCAAGCGAGACGGGCGCCACGAGCGGGUCAUGUUCGACAAGAUCACCUCCCGCAUCCAGAAGCUGUGCUACGGGCUCAACCUGGACUUCGUCGACCCGGCCCAGAUCACUAUGAAAGUGAUCCAGGGCCUUUACAGUGGCGUCACUACCGUAGAGCUGGAUACGCUGGCCGCAGAGACAGCAGCAACCCUGACGACCAAGUACCCGGACUACGCCAUCCUGGCAGCCAGGAUAGCCGUCUCCAACCUGCACAAGGAAACCAAGAAGGUCUUCAGUGAUGUGAUGGAAGAUCUGUACAACUAUGUGAACCCGCACAACGGCAAGCAUUCCCCGAUGAUCUCUAAGGAAACUCUGCACAUCGUUUUAGCCAACAAAGACCGACUGAACUCUGCCAUAAUUUAUGAUCGGGAUUUCUCCUAUAACUACUUUGGCUUCAAGACUCUUGAGCGCUCAUAUCUGCUGAAAAUCAAUUCCAAAGUGGCUGAGCGCCCCCAGCACAUGCUGAUGCGGGUGGCGGUGGGAAUCCACAAGGACGACAUCGAUGCCGCAAUCGAAACCUACAACCUGCUCUCCGAGAAGUGGUUCACCCACGCGUCGCCCACGCUCUUCAACGCCGGCACCAACCGCCCCCAGCUCUCCAGCUGCUUCCUGCUGUGCAUGAAGGACGACAGCAUCGAAGGGAUCUACGACACGCUGAAGCACUGCGCGCUCAUCUCCAAGUCAGCUGGCGGGAUCGGGGUGGCGGUGAGCUGCAUUCGUGCCACGGGCAGCUACAUCGCGGGGACAAAUGGAAACUCCAACGGGCUGGUCCCAAUGCUGAGGGUGUACAACAACACGGCUCGCUACGUCGACCAAGGUGGCAACAAGAGACCCGGGGCCUUCGCCAUCUACCUGGAGCCCUGGCACUUUGACAUCUUCGAGUUUCUCGACCUGAAGAAAAACACGGGGAAGGAGGAGCAGCGUGCCCGGGACCUCUUCUAUGCCCUGUGGAUACCGGACCUCUUCAUGAAGCGAGUGGAGACCAACCAGGACUGGUCCCUGAUGUGUCCGAAUGAAUGCCCAGGCCUGGACGAGGUCUGGGGGGAGGAAUUUGAGAGACUCUAUGAGAGCUACGAGUCGCAAGGGCGUGUGCGCAAGGUGGUGAAGGCCCAGCAGCUCUGGUAUGCCAUCAUAGAGUCCCAGACGGAGACGGGAACGCCGUACAUGCUGUAUAAGGAUUCCUGCAACCGGAAGAGCAACCAGCAGAACCUGGGGACCAUCAAGUGCAGCAACCUGUGCACCGAAAUCGUGGAGUACACGAGCCAGGACGAGGUGGCCGUGUGCAACUUGGCCUCCAUCGCCCUGAACAUGUACGUCACUCCGGAGCACACAUACGAUUUCAAGAAGCUGGCAGAAGUGACCAAAGUCAUCGUCCGGAAUCUGAAUAAGAUCAUCGACAUCAACUACUAUCCUGUGCCGGAGGCCGAGUACUCGAACAAACGCCACCGCCCCAUCGGCAUCGGCGUGCAGGGGCUGGCCGACGCCUUCAUCCUGAUGCGCUACCCCUUCGAGAGCCCCGAGGCCCAGCUGCUCAACCAGCAGAUCUUCGAGACCAUUUAUUAUGGCGCGCUGGAAGCCAGCUGCGAGCUUGCGGAGGAGCAGGGGCCGUACGAGACCUACGAGGGCUGCCCCAUCAGCAAAGGCGUCCUUCAGUAUGACAUGUGGAACGUGACCCCCACCGAGCUUUGGGACUGGAAGGCCCUGAAGGAGAAGAUUGCAGAGCACGGGGUGAGAAACAGCCUUCUCCUUGCGCCAAUGCCGACAGCGUCUACCGCCCAGAUCCUGGGUAACAAUGAGUCCAUCGAGCCGUAUACCAGCAACAUCUACACGCGCAGAGUUCUUUCCGGGGAGUUCCAGAUCGUGAACCCUCACUUGCUGAAAGACCUGACCGAGAGGGGCUUGUGGAGCGAGGAGAUGAAGAAUCAGAUCAUCGGCUUCAACGGUUCUAUCCAGAAUAUUCCCGAGAUUCCGGAUGACCUGAAGCAGCUCUACAAGACCGUGUGGGAAAUUUCCCAGAAAACCAUCAUCAAGAUGGCGGCAGACCGAGGGGCCUUCAUCGACCAGAGCCAGUCCCUGAACAUCCACAUCGCGGAGCCGAAUUACGGCAAGCUGACCAGCAUGCAUUUCUACGGAUGGAAGCAGGGCCUGAAGACCGGGAUGUACUACCUCAGGACCAAGCCAGCGGCCAACCCGAUCCAGUUCACCCUGAACAAGGAGAAACUGAAGGAGAAGAUCUCCAGGGAGGAGGAGGAGAAGGAGAGGAACAAGGCCGCCAUGGUGUGCUCCCUGGAGAACAAGGACGAGUGCCUCAUGUGCGGGUCUUAGGGAGCUGUGCCGCCGCCGCCUGGCCCCCCACUCCCCUUCCUCGGCUGGGUUAGACGGGUUGGCGGCGUGCAGAGAGGCCAGCUCUCGGUUUCGGGGGUCAGGAACGGGCGGGGUGGGACAGUGGUUGCUUGCCUUCCUUAGGAUGGCCCCCCGGCUGGUUGGGCAGGGAAGGCGGGGGGGGUCUGCACGUGCGGCUGUUGGAGCGAGGACCCCUCGGCGCUCCCUCCCAGGCUGGCCCCGCCUGUGGCAGAGAGACGGCGCUCCCUCGGCACGCAGACGGAUAAGGGGCCGGCCGCGGUGUUGGUGGGUCGCCGGGUCCUGGGCCGGUCCCCUUUCCUGCCGAGGGCGCUGCUGUCCGGUCUCUCCCGGAGGCAGCGAGCUCCUUGGCCGCCGCGCUGUGAGCGCUCUGUGCCCCGUGCGGCCCCCUGGCCUGUGCGUGCAGGGCUCUUGCGGGAGCGGGCGGGUUUGGGGUGCUGCAGGCCCCGGAGGGAGCCAGGACCGCCUCCGUCUGGACGGCCGCAUCAGCGCAGCGCCUCCCUGCCAGGGCCGCCCGUCUCGAGAGAGGUCUCGCACGUGCCGAGUCCAUAGGCCACGUUCCCCUUUCACGCGGUGCAAGCACCAGACACAGCGGGGGAGUCUUGAUCGCGCAUCCAAACUGUUUGAUUUAGCAGGGUUUCUCUUUGCAACGAAGCUGUUACCACUCGCUCUGCUGUCUUUCAAGAACCGUGGUUACUGAGCUGAGAUAUUUUCUAUAAAUAUAAAAAUAACUUUGCUUUUCUACUUAA